AUGAAGGCGACUUGCUGGAUCCUGGCAGGUUUUUACCUGCUUUUCUGCUGCAAGGCAGAAGAGGGACUGAAUUUCCCCACUUACGAUGGGAAAGACCGAGUGAUCGACCUGAAUGAGAAGAACUACAAGCAGGCCUUGAAGAAGUACGACAUGCUCUGCCUGCUCUUCCACGAGCCUGUGAGCUCUGACAAGGUCUCCCAGAAGCAGUUCCAGAUGACAGAGAUGGUCCUGGAGCUGGCGGCUCAGGUCCUGGAGCCCAGAAGCAUUGGCUUCGGGAUGGUGGACUCCAAGAAGGACGCCAAACUUGCCAAAAAAUUAGGCUUGGUUGAAGAGGGAAGCCUCUAUGUCUUUAAGGAGGAGCGGUUGAUUGAAUUUGAUGGGGAACUGGCCACGGAUGUCUUGGUGGAAUUCCUCUUGGAUCUGCUAGAAGACCCUGUGGAGAUCAUAAACAACAAGCUGGAACUUCAGGCCUUUGACCAAAUCGACGAGGAAAUCAAACUCAUCGGCUACUUCAAAGGAGAAGACUCUGAACAUUACAAGGCAUUUGAAGAAGCCGCUGAACACUUCCAGCCGUACAUCAAGUUCUUUGCCACCUUCGACAAAGGGGUUGCCAAGAAGCUAGGUCUGAAGAUGAACGAGGUGGACUUCUAUGAACCGUUCAUGGAUGAGCCUGUUCACAUCCCCGAUAAGCCUUACACAGAAGAGGAGCUGGUUGAAUUUGUGAAGGAGCACAAAAGGGCCACCUUGCGGAAGCUGCGCCCAGAGGACAUGUUUGAGACGUGGGAGGAUGACAUGGAGGGAAUCCACAUCGUGGCCUUCGCCGAAGAAGAUGACCCAGAUGGUUUUGAGUUCCUGGAAAUCCUGAAGCAGGUUGCCAGGGACAACACCGAUAAUCCCGACCUAAGCAUUGUCUGGAUCGACCCCGACGACUUUCCUCUGCUGAUCACUUACUGGGAGAAGACCUUCAAGAUUGACCUGUUCAGACCACAGAUCGGGGUGGUGAACGUCACAGAUGCUGACAGCGUCUGGAUGGAGAUCAGAGAUGACGAUGACCUGCCCACAGCCGAGGAGCUGGAGGACUGGAUAGAGGACGUGCUUUCCGGGAAGAUAAAUACCGAAGAUGAUGACGACGAUGACGACGAUGAUGACGACGAUGACGACGAUGAUGACGAUGAUGAUGACGACGAUGACGACGAUGACGACGAUGACGACUAA